CUGAAUUCCUAUGAACACGCAGUAGAUUGACAACAUUUUCCGCCUGAGGCAGAGCCCGGAGGUCAUACAUCAUCAUGUAAUAUAGUAAAGUGUCAGAGGUAACACACAAAUUUCUUAACGACCCCCGGAGAGACACGUGGACCACAGGAAGGUCUUUGGCGGCCAUUUAUUUACAAACUUAACAUACACACAGUCGCCAUGCAACGUCUGUUCCUCCUUCUUUCAUUAGUUGUCUGGUGUUGCCAUGGACACGGUGACCAUGGGCACCAAGGAGGAACCCCUGUUCAACACGUUCCCGCGGACCAGUUUAACAUCCAUGACCCUAAAAUCACCCAGGACCAGGCUCACUUAAAGGAGCACUUAAAGGAUCAGAUUGACACAAACCGACAGAUGUCACCAGAAGAAAUGGAGUUCCACUACUUCAGACUCCACGACACAAACAACGACACAAAACUCGACGGACUAGAAAUCAUGGCGGCUCUGAACCAUAUGGCGGGUAUGUUCAAAGUCCAGCCCCACGAGGCUGUCGGGAAAACACCGCAACAAAUUGCUGACCUUGAGGAGGAGAGACAGAAGGGGGCGCUUCAGUACUUCACAGACAUCAUUGAUCGCGUGCUCGUGACGGAUGACAUCAAUGGAGACGGAUACAUUUCUUACCCAGAGUACAUGAGAGCCCGGAAGCGGGACUUUGCCCAGUAUCAGCAACAAAUGGCGAUGCAACAGCAACAACAACAGCAACAGAUGAUGGCAAUGCAACAACAACAACAAUUCCAGCAAUUUCAGCAAUUCCAACAGUAUCAGCAACAGCAAGCGGCACAACAGCAUCAACAAAAUGCCCCCAAACAACCGCAACAAAUUCAGCAACCUAACGCACAACAGUUCCAGCAACAACCGCCUGUCGGUGCAACCAAAUCUUCAUAAGAUUCACCAGAGGGAUCUUGUUGUUUAAAAUGAAAUAUCCUGGUCUUAUUUAGUUUUAUCAUCAUUUGUCUAUAUUUCAAAUGCAUUAAUUUGCACCCCAAAAAAGCUGGAAAAUAAGAUAUUUGAUUUUACUGAUUGGGACCCGGAUGUUAGUGUUUGGUGUUUGGUUUUGACGUGUGUAACAUGUAAAGCUGUGCAUGUGUAUGUAGCCUUCCAUUUAUUGUAUUAAAUACAGGCGGAUGUGUUGAAGAAUAUGAGAGAGAGAGAGAGAGAGAGAGAGAGAUGGGAGCGUUUGCUAAGUAAUGCAUCACAGAGACGCAUUUAUUUUGAUAAUAAAUUUACCAUUUCCUUAA